GCCCAGAGGGGGCGGGGCAGGGAAGGGAAAGAGGGGAUGGUUCUGGGGUCCCAUAACUGAGUGGAGCAGGCGACGGUGCUGUAGCUGGUGGAAGGAAGUCCUGGAGGCCAUGGACAGUCAGCCACUGGGAUCACCGAGAUGAGCAGCAGCUGCUCAGGGCUGAGCAGGGUCCUCGUGGCCGUGGCUACAGCCCUGGUGUCUGCCUCCUCCCCUUGCCUCCAGGCCUGGGGCCCCCCAGGGGUCCAGUAUGGGCAACCUGGCAGGUCCGUGAUGCUGUGUUGCCCUGGAGUGACUGCUGGGACCCCGGUGUUCUGGUUUCGGGACGGGGAGCCAAGGCUGCUCCAGGGACCCGACUCUGGGCUAGGGAACGAACUGGUCCUGGCCCAGGUAGACAGCACUGACGAGGGCACAUACACCUGCCGGACCCUGGAUGGUGCACUUGUGGGCACGGUGACCCUGCAGCUGGGCUACCCCCCAGCCCGCCCUGUUGUUUCCUGCCGAGCAGCUGACUAUGAGAACUUCUCCUGCACUUGGAGUUCCAGCCAGGUCAGCGGUUUACCCACCCGCUACCUCACCUCCUACAGGAAGAAGAUGGUGCCAGGAGCUGAUGGUCAGAGGAUGAGUCCAUCCACAGGGCCUUGGCCAUGUCCCCAGGACCCCCUAGGGACUGCCCGCUGUGUAGUCCAUGGGGCAGAGUUCUGGAGCCAGUACCGGAUUAAUGUGACUGAGGUGAACCCACUGGGUGCCAGCACACGCCUGCUGGAUGUAAGCUUGCAGAGCAUCUUGCGUCCUGACCCACCCCAGGGGCUGAGGGUGGAGUCGGUAACCGGUUACCCCCGUCGCCUGCGUGCCAGCUGGACAUACCCCGCCUCUUGGCCCCGCCAGCCCCACUUCCUGCUCAAGUUCCGGCUGCAGUACCGCCCAGCACAGCAUCCUGCCUGGUCCACGGUAGAGCCAGCUGGAUUGGAGGAGGUGAUCACCGAUGCUGUGGCUGGGCUGCCCCAUGCCGUGCGAGUUAGUGCCCGGGACUUUCUGGACGCUGGCACCUGGAGCGCCUGGAGCCCUGAGGCCUGGGGAACUCCGAGCACUGGGCCCCUACUGAAGGACAUACCAGCUGGGGGCCAGUUACACAAGCAGCUGGAGGCAGAGCCUCAGGCGGACAGCCCCACUCCUCCAAGGCCCUCCCUCCAGCCAGACCCGCAACCACUUGAUCACAGGGACCCCCUGGAGCAGGUGGCUGUACUGGCAUCUUUGGGAAUCUUCUCUUUCCUGGGACUGGUGGCUGGGGCCCUGGCACUGGGGCUCUGGUAA